GCUCCGUGAAGUCCACGAAUCAACGGGGCUUUUAGUCGUACCGACCAAGUUAUCCAAAGCACUAACUAACUCGUCGCGUCUCGAACAUUAAACGGACGGCCGUGCGCGCGCUUUGGCUCUUCUCUCUGUGUGUUUUUGUGUCUUUGCGUGUCGGUAAAAAAGAAUAGCACAAAAAGCAAAUUAAAGUGUGUUUGAAGUAAAGCAAAGCCAGCGCCGCGACGUGUGUGUGUGUGUUUGCAAAUACAAAGUAAAAACGUCAGAGUGUCGUCGCAGCAGAGGCGGAAACAACAACAACAACAACAGUAGGAGUGCAUUGAUUGCAUUUCUGACCCCCGCCCAACUCCCUGCACAAACGUCAUCCACACCUAAUUGUUGUUGCGCUCGCCGCGGCGGCGUCUACUUGGAGGUGGAACCGAAUGUGAGAGAGCGAAUGUGUUUCAAUGAUGUUACUGCCUUCGGGGCGUUCGAAUAGUGAUGUCUAUCCGCUACAAAGUGCCAACAGCAGCACAACAGCCGCCUCUGCCGGAGCAAAGCCCUUGCUACUGACACGAACAUCAUCGCCACAAUUGACAACGUUGCCCACAACAAAUGGCACCAACGCCCACACGACACCCAUACGACCAGUGAAUGGUGUAGCAGGAGCAGGAGCAGGAUCCUUCUCACAGUCGCAGUCGCAGUCACAGUCACAGUCCGGAACAGCAGCAACGGAGGCGACAACAACAACGGAGCCUGUCAGCAGUGGAAUUGGGGUCGGCGUUGGCCCUGCCACUGCCACCGGCACUGGCAUCUAUGGGCAACUUUUGGGUCAAAACCAGGGACAUGGACACGGACAUGGACAAGGAAGCAAUGCUGCUGGCGUUGCCGGAAAUUGGUCCGAAAUUGAUGGACACUUGGAGACAAUUCAAGACAAGCUAAAACCUGGCUGGACCGUGCACUCAGGCAAGGAGGGAAGACUCUAUUAUUGCAACCACUUGGCACAAACAUCGGGCUGGCUGCCCGCCUGCGAGGAUUGGAGCAAACAUGAGGAGCUCUCCUAUGGCUGGGAGCGUGCCAUAGACUCCAAGGGUCGUUCCUACUACAUCAACCAUCUGAACAAGACGACCACGUAUGAGGCACCCGAAUGCAUACGCUGGGACGAGCAUCCGCCGGAGCCGCGUCUCGUCCACCUGCAGCGGAAUGCCAGCCUGAGCUUUGGCUUUGUGGCAGGCAGCGAGCGGCCCGUCAUCGUGCGAUUCGUGACGGAGGGUGGGCCCAGCAUUGGCAAGCUGCAGCCCGGCGAUCAGAUACUCUCGGUCAACGGGGAGGAUGUCAAGGAUGCGCCCAGGGAUCAUGUCAUUCAGCUGGUGCGUGCCUGCGAGUCGCAAGUCAGUCUGCUGGUCUGCCAGCCCAUGGCCCACUGCAUUCUGCCGGGCCGCAAGUCCACGCUGCUGUCCGCGGGCAAGCGGGCCAAGCUGCGAUCGCGUCCAAGUCGCGUCCGAUUCGCCGAGAGUGUGUGCGUCAAUGGAGCGCCACUGUUUCCGCCCUCGGCCUUCUCCCUGGGCGACAUAUGCGUGCCGCCAAUGGCCAAUGUGCUGAAGGUCUUCCUGGAGAACGGGCAGACCAAGUCCUUUAAGUACGAUGCCACCACCACGGUGCAGGAUGUGGUUAGCUCGCUGCUGGACAAGCUCUGUCUGUGCUGCGGCGAGCUCUUCAGCUUGGUCCUGGAGCAUGUGAAGAGCCUCAAGCGGAAUAAGCUCACGCUGCUGGAUCCCCAAGAGUCCUUGGCCAGAAUUGCUGCACGUCCGGGGGCCCACAAGUUGCGCUGCUUGUUCCGCAUCACCUUCGUGCCCAUCUCGGCCGCCGAGCUGGCACAGAGGGAUCUCCAUGCGCUGGACUAUCUGUACAUGCAGUGCUGCAACGAUGUCAAUCAGGAACGCUUCGCGCCCGAGCUGCAGCCGGAGCUGGCACUCCGUUUGGCGGCACUGCACAUGCACCAGCAUGCGCUGGCCAAUAAUUUCUCACCCGCAAAGCUCACCGUCAAGCUGGUCGAACGCGAGUUUGGGCUGGAACGCUUUGUGCCCGUCAGCCUGUUUGAGGGCAUGAAGCGGAAGGAGCUGCGACGGCUGAUCUCUCACUUCUUGAAGCUCAAUGCGGAGAUGACAGGGUCGUCCAGCAAGGUCCUAACACAGCUGCAGGCCAAACUCCAUUAUCUAGAUAUAAUUGCUAGUUUACCAAGUUAUGGAGCCAAAUGCUUCAGCACAAACCAAAGAGAAGGCGUCGAGCGGGUCCUGCUGGUGAGUCCGCGCUUCGGCCUCAGUCAGAUAUCGAGUGCACGCAAUUCGGUGCCUCAACCAAUUUCAGCCAUUGAGGACUUUACCCACGUGGUGGUGAAUCGCGAGGAUGAUGUCACCUGCAGCGUGUCCAUCUUUAUGCUGGGCGAUCGUGCCGUCAAGUUCAUCAUGGAGGAUCGGGAUGCGUGCGAGUUUAGCCUGGUGCUCGGCGGCUACUAUCGACUGCUGACGGGCAACAUGCUGAAUCUGCUAAGGGAAAGAGAUCCCUCGGAUGAGGAUAAUGCACCGGGCUUCCUCUCCCAGCACACGGUGCUGCCCGCCGGCUGGAGCUAUCUGCUGCCGUACCACACGCGCGCGCACAGCGUCAACUUCCUGAUGACGCCGCCCUACCAUCCCGUGACGCAGCUGCCCCCACAAGUGGGCGCUCCAUUGCAGGCUCAGUCGCUGCCGUAUGCCAUGGACUUGGAUCUGCACAGCGUUAUGGCCACGGAGCUGCUGGAGGAGGCGGCCAAGGACUCGGGGCUGAGCGACAGCAGCGGCAGCAACUACUGCGAGGGUCGCAUUCAGUCCUCCCAUCAGAUGGCCAGCGUGGAGGCCAAGAACGAGCAGGUGCUGCGACGUGUGCAGGAGCUGCAGCAUCUCGUCCAGACCUCCGAGCAGUAUCUGAGCGAGCAGGAGCAGGGCAUCCCCGGCGGUGGCCAGACAAUGGCCGUCCUCGAGUUCGAUUCGGACUGCGACAGCCUCAACAGCAGCAAGGUCUCCUCCACCGAGGAGACUUCGAAUGUCCUCAGUCUCGUUGGCGCCUUGCCGCCGGGUAAUCCCCUCAAGCACAGCGAUUCGCUGACGCUGCUGGCGGAGACCAUCAGCCACGAUCUGAGCGGCAUUACGCAGGGCCUCAAUGCCAUACCGGAGACGGCGCCAGUGUCCUCCUCGGCUCCCGCCACCCCGGCCACGCCCAAGCGAAAGCCGAGCCUCUGCAGCACCUCCAGUCCGCGGCCCCAGCGGAAGAUGAACGGUUUCAGCCAGCUGCUGAGCGACCUCCAGGCACUGGGCACGGACUUUUCGCAGAGCGAAAGCGACUCGGAGUCGGUGGCCUCGCCCGCCCAAUCGCCCACCGCCCGGAGACCGCAGAUAAUGCUGCUCCAGGCGACAGGUGCGGGCUCCGGUGUAUCCGGAGGGCUGGUGGCACCCAAACAGCCGCUGUCGCAGCGCAGCAGCUUCGGGCUGCACAGUCCCGACGGCAGUCACUUUGGCGCCGAAACGAAGGACUACAAUCUGCGGGAGUAUCUGCAGCAGCUGAAGGAGAUCAGCAAUGCCUCGUCGGCGGACACGGAUGUGGCGGCGCGCCAGCUGUCCGAGAUCUAUGGGUUCGAGGUGCGCGAGGACACCUUCAUCGAGACGGACACGGAUGUGAUUGAUUUGCGUGCCAUACCACCGCCCCAGACGCCCGAUGAGCUGGACUCCCUGUCGCUGAUGAAUGCGGCGCCACCCAAGGGCUUCGAGGGACGGGCCGAGGAAUUGGAUAGCUUCCUGCAGCAGAUAAUGGUGGCGCCGCCCACACAGAAAGCCACGCCCGCCAAAGAACUCACACCGGAGGAGAUUAUGUCGUUCAUUAUACCACCGCCGCCGAAUCUGGAGCAGCAGCAGCAGCCACAGCAGGCGCCACAGCAGACCAUGGAGACGGAAUCGCUGUACAGCAAUUCGGUGCAGGCAAAGCGGGAGUUCUUCCAGUCCGUGGCCAAUGGGAACAAUGGGAACAACAGCAGCAGCAGCAAGGAGCAGUCCCCACGUGUCAUCGAGUAUGCCACCGUGGAGCGGAAGAGUAAAUUUAGCUGCUGCCCCACCACCAAGAAGGAGGAGCCAGCCACUCCAGCAGCAGCAGCAGCAGCAGAGCCCGAGGUGCAGCCACCACCCAGAACACCCACCGCUGAGCAGUUGUCGCCGCCACCGGCACGACCACCCAAGAGCGCAGAGCUCCUGCAGCGUUAUUCGCCCAAGAAGCAGGUGAGGAUUAUGGCCACACACCAGCAACAGCAGCAGCAGCAACAUCAGCAGCAGCAGCAGCAACAUCAGCAGCAGCUGCAACAGCAGAGGGACAACAGCAGGGGACCGCCACAGCUGCCGCCGAGAGGCAGUCCCACCUUCGAUACGCAGCAGGGGAAUGCCCCAGCGGCUGCCAUGAUGUCGGUGAGUGGCCCGAAGAAACCCCCACUGCCGCCCAUUGCCAGUCGCCCGCGUCCAACGAAUGGCAUGUCUCCAGCUGCACCACCUAAUCCUGCAUCCGCAACACCCGCCCACUACUCACCGCCCAUACCGGCCACGACACGCCUACCCAAUGCUCAUUCCAAUGGCCAUCAGCAACAGCAGCAGCAGCAGCAACAUCAGCAGCAGCAGCAACAGGUUCCUGUCGUACCAAAGAAGCCCCAGCAGCUGCACGGCGAGAAGCUAUUUCUGAAGAAUGGCCACCUGAUCGAUGGUGAGGCGCUGCUGGGCAAGACGGAUGUGGCCAUGGCCGGACUGCUCAUCCGACUCGAUCAGGUGGCGGCCCAGUGCUCGGCCGCCCAGUCAGCGGGCGGUGGGACGAGCAUCGACGAGGAGAAAUUCCAGCGGGCGCGCAACGAGCUCACGGAGCAGACACUGGCCCUGGUGACGGCCAGUAAAUUCCUGGUGGCCUCCAUGUCGGACAUGACGCUGAUUACGCUGCCCGAGCACCUGACCUCCUGCCUGACGGCCAUCCGACGGAUCACGGAGCUGGCACAGGACAUGACGCGGCACACAUCGGCACCGCUGCAGACGCGAAAUAUCGUGCUGAAGGUGCACGAUGUGGCGAGCAGUUUCCGGGAGCUGGUGGGUGUGCAAAUAGGACCGAUUGGCGCCGGACAGUUGGCCCUGCAGGCCGAGUGCUUGGCCAACGUGCUGGCCACUCUGCUGCGAUCGCUGCGGGUGUUCUCCCCAUAGCCCAACGGGAGCACAGGCGGCGGAUCCAAUCCCAACCCUGACAACAUAUCGCACGCUCGUCUAUCGACGCAACUCUCUCUAUGUAAAUCCCUAUAUACAACCUACAUCUAGGAUGGCAGCUGCAGCCCCAAAACUACUAUUUACAUAUAUACUACCCAUCAUAAUGUACGCACGAUAUAUCAACUCUCGAAACUAUUUUACAGGUAAAGGGCAACGUCAGAGAGUCGGCGGUCUGAUCUGAUCUGAUGUACUCUUUAGGCUUAAUCCCCAUCAACACUGGAACAUUGAAGCUCAAACGAUGUGUGCGGAUCCUCUGUCUGUGUGUGGUAUGAUGGAAUAUGCUAUAGAAGGUCCUCCCUGACACAAUUUGAUUUGUAAUUUGCAACUGGAAAGGCAGCUCCAAAAACUCUGCAAUCGUUUAAGGAUUUUAGUGAAGUUUUCCCAAAGCAUUUAUAGCGUAUUUUUUGUAACUAUUUAGAUAGUUGUGCAACCUGUCGAGCAAUGUGUCUGUCAUUUUGUUACUUGUGCAGUGUUUUAUAUGGGAAUGUUUUUAGUGAUUUUUAAUUAUAUUUACGCUCAGAUUUCGCUUGAAGAUUGUAGACAUUCUUGUAAUUAUCUCUCACCGAACUCUCUGUUUUAAUCGUUGAUAUUUUUCUAGUGUAAAGCAGAUUGAAAGCCAACAGAUGAAAGACUGCCCUAACUCAAUUUCAACUUAUUCCCCAGUGUCAUAUCUGUUUACAAGCUCUAGGACCUACAGCUUAUUCCAUCACACAUAUCUGAGCGAUCUACACAAUAAAAUAUCUCUUAAAGAACCAAAAACAAAACAAAAACAAAAGAAAAGGAAAAGAUAUCUAUUCUAAAUCAUAAAAAAAAUCACUUUCUCAACUUAACGCAUGCAACUAACUCGAAUUUCUAUGUGUAUUCUCCUAAAAAUCAAACUAUUUUUAAACUAUACAAAUUAUAUACAAAACAAAUACUUAUUAUAUACAUCAAAAUAUCAAUCACUCGAAUUAUUGGUAGAGCCCCCCCCACUCUCUCUCUCUCUCUCACUUUUUGAACCCCAGUCCAGACCCAGCCCAAAUAGUACCAAUUGAAUGUGAAAACGCCCAUGACUUGAUUAUCUAGACCAAUUUAUACUUAUGAUAUGAUGAUGAAAUGAAACUAACGGACAUAUAAGUUUAUAUUUUAAUUAUGCUAUUAGUAUAUUUUCUUAUGUACAUAAUUUACACACACACACAACACACAUACUCAAGCAUACAUACCACAUACUGACCUAAUACAUAAUAUAAAACAAGUAAAUAUACAUAAAUAUAUUAUUAUACAAUAUACAAAUUGACCAAACAAUAAUCAAAAUUUUAACUUGUGAUAUAAAAACAAAAGAAAAAUUAAAAAAAGAAAAUCCAUAAAAAAAAUACAUAAUAAAUAAAUAAAUAAAAAGUAAUUUUUCCUUUUUUUAACAAUAAAAGGAGUAGCAUUUUUUUGUAUAGUUUAUUCUUUGUUGUUAAUAAACGAUCGAUCGACUAUAACUCUUUUUUGUUAUUGUUUUUGUGUCAUAAUUUUUGUUGUAGAUGUUUUUGUUGUUGUUGCUGUUGUUGUUGGACGUACAAGAACGCACACUAAGUUGUAGCUUUAACUAAUUAUAUUUACAAUAAUUAUUCAUAAAUAAUCAAAGAAAGUAAACAUUCAAAAAGAUUAAAAUAUGCAAGCAAAACUAAUCGAUAAAAAAAUGUUUUUAUUUGUUUAUAAUUUUUGUUGAACAGAAAAACAAACACACACACACAACACAUACGUACAUAUAUUAUUCGUAUCAUAACCAUAUGGGAUAUUACUAAAGAAAUAUACAAAUAUGACUUAAAAUUACUAUUAAUAAUAUUAAGUAAACCAUAUUCAAAUGUACAAUGUAAAACAAUGUAAUGAUUUAAUGG